GAGGAAGAAUCGUUGAUUGUAACGAGCAACAUGUAAGCCUUAAAGCCACCGAACGGCUUAGCAAACGACAAAAAGCCGACAAGUUGAAACGAACCCUUACCCAUCUGAACUGGUCACCAAAAUCGACCCUUUUAGUAACAUUGGUUUCGUAGUGUAGUGGUUAUCACGUUUGCUUUACACGCAAAAGGUCCCCGGUUCGAUCCCGGGCGGAACCAAGAGAACUUUUUGAUUCAUCUCUUAACUGUUACUCUCUUUUUGUCUCAAUUUUGUCUUCUCUCAAUUUUAUCUUCAUCUUCUUACUCGUCAUCAACAUUUGAUUUUCUUGUUUUCUUUUUUACUUAUUCACCAUCAAACCAUCAUCAGGAUAAAGAACAACUUUUUUUUCUGUUCUGUUCUUUUUUUUGGUUGAUCUUCUUCUUCAGCAGUUUUGUUUCUUUCGGUGUAAUAACAUGUUGGUUAAUAUUCGGUUGAAAUUAUUUUCUUCCAAUCAUCAACCAUCAUCAUCAUCAUCUUUAUUGAUCGUUUCAACAUUUACUCUAAUUUGCUUAAUUGUUCUCACACUAAACACAGUUAAUUGUUCGCCUGCUUAUUCAACUUCUUCUUCAUUGCCGAUAAUCUUUCAAAAUCCAUUCAACCAAUUGAACGUUAAGAAUAAGAUCAAUUAUGAAACAUCAUCAUCUUCAUCUUCAUCUUCAUCUUCACAAUCUAAAGUGUCACCAUCUUGGUCUCUCGCCUUACCCCUUUUAUCGUCUUCAUCUUCAUCCCCAUCCCCAUGGAACUCAUUCGAUGCUCUAGGAUCAGAGGAGAUUAGAACCAUUUCUACAGGUGAACCAUCAUCUUUAUCAUCAUCUUCAUCUUCAUCUUCUUCUUCCUCAUCAUCAUUACCUCAAGAAUCAAAUAUCUCACCAGGAAAUGAAACCGUUAAUCUUUACUCUGAUUCAUCUGAUGGUCGUCCAAUGACUUCUCCCUCUUUCCGGACAAAUAUUUACCGUUGUGAUAAAACUUUGGCCAUAAUUGAUUAUAUUAACGAGAAUCGUAUAUUUCGUUGUGAAUUUUUUGACCUGGAGAAAAGGUUAACCGAAGCAGAGGAAAGUGUAGCCCAACGUCAGGUCGCAAUCGUUGACGUUUCCUUUUCCGAUCUUCAUAAACUCAUCUCUCGAUGUCAAGACUUGGAAAGAUUCACCAUUCAAAAUGGACCUUCGUUACCAAUCAAUUUACAAUCAGACGAAUCCACUGAUCGUAACAAUACAACUUCCGAUACAAUUUAUGGCUUUUGGAGAGGAGUUAUACCAGGAACCAAAUGGUGUGGACCUGGUGAUAUAGCCAAAGAUUAUUUCGAUAUUGGUCAAGUUUGGGAGAUUGACCUUUGCUGUCGAGCUCACGAUCAUUGUCCUUAUCGAUUGAAAGCUUUUCGACAUGGUUAUGGUUUAAUUAAUCUCGCUUUCUACACAAGAUCUCAUUGUGAUUGUGAUGAACAAUUUUAUCGAUGUUUAAAAAAAAGUAACAACAAUUUAGGAUCCGCAUUGGGUAAUAUUUAUUUCAAUGUAAUUCAAGUUCAAUGUUUUAAAGAGGAAGAAGAAACUAAUUGUGUUCGUUCAAGACUCAAUUCCAAUGGACAAAAAGAGUGUAUUUCUUAUGCUCCCAAUGGUAAUCGAAAAAUGGUUUUCGCUCAACCAAAACCCUACAAUUAACAGUUAAUUUAAUUGCAAACCAAUUGGGUGAUUAACUUAUUACCUGGUGACGAAACUAUUAAUUCCUUAAUUGUCCAAGACAAAUCAAUCAACAAUCAACUCUCCAAAGGGUUUCUAAUCAAAUUAAACCUUGAGAUUUGUGUAUUGAUAUA